CCUGUUGUUAGGCAGGUUGUCAGGGGCAGCGCACCAGCCAGGGGACUAACACGGGAUUAAGGGACUUCAGUUAAUGAUGACACAUGUAUUUAUCAAGGAAAACGACUGCCGGCGUUCCUGCUUUUCCUCUUGGAGCUGCCCUGUUUUUUUGGGUAAACGCAGCAGAGACGACAGGGUCGAUUUUUUAUCGAAACAGCGGUUUGCAGAGGGGUCUGCCCCGUAGCUAGCUAAGUUUUUCUUUUUCCGCUAACGUCAAGCAGCCUGCUAGCUAACGUUAUCAGGUAGCGGCAUAUAAAAAAAGUGAUAGCAACGUAACCCAGUAAGGAGAUACCUCCAGCUUUCCAUUGCGCUUGAUUUGCGACCCUUUUUUUUGUGCGAAAAUGGAAGACGUUCAGGAUAAUUUAAUGGAGCAGGAAGAGUACGACGACAGCGACAACCCAUUAGCAUCCCCCUUCAAACCCUCUUUGCGCUCCACCCGACUGCACGUCCAGAGGAGCAGUAUCUGCUCUCGGGCUUAUUUCGUUGUGGUUAUGGUCUUCUUCCAUGUGUAUAUCCUGAAUGUUAUCGGCCUGCUACUCUACGUGCACUACAACAAUGGCCCCGGGGAUCUGGUCAGUGGAGACGGGGCCACCUCAGCAGCAUCCAGCGAGAGUGGGACCCCUUUGCCCCAUCCUGACCCAGCUUCAAGAGAGCUACAUGUGGAGGAUUAUAGUCAGAGUUUCAGUCUUCCUCGUAUUGAGGGGAUACGGGUGGGUCAUGUUCAGCAGGUGUCCCUCGUGCCAGGGAGAACACAUGAGAUGAAGACGAUCAGCCUGAAACCUCUCCUAUUUGAAAUCCCUGGCUUCCUGUCUGAGGAGGAGUGCCGUGUGGUGGUGCAGCUGGCUCAACUCAAGGGUCUGAUGGAGAGCCAAAUGACAGCACCCAGCCAGGGACAAGAGGAGUCAAACCAGCCACUACUUUCUAUCAGCACAGAGGAGGUCUUCAGUCUGUUGGACCUAAACCAGGAUGGGCUGCUUCAGAAGCAGGAGAUUGUGAGUCACUCGCGCUCUCGAGAUGGAACUUGGUUGAACCCAGACAAUUUACGGCAGAUACUUUCUGGUCUGGAAGCCUGCCCAACAGGGAUGCUGACCUUGGAGGACUUUAGGCAUGUUUAUGUUAUGUCCCAGCGCCCAGGACAACAGCAAAGCAGAAAGCUCCAUAGUCACUUCAAACAGAGAAGCAAACAUACGUGGCUUUACCAAGGUCCCGGAUCCCACCGUGUGCUGCACACACUCAGGAACAGAGUAACCAGUCUGACACGUCUGCCCUCUGCAUUGGUUGAGCUGAGUGAGCCGCUGCAGGUGAUUCGCUAUGAGCAUGGAGACUUCAGUAAUGCCCACCACGACAGCAGCCCUUCUCAUUCAGAGACUACCUGCGCGCACACACGACUGGCAGGAAACACAUCUGCUCUUGCAGAGGUCUCUUGUAGGUACCUUACCAUGUUAUUCUACCUCAGCUCUGUAGAGGAAGGUGGUGAGACCACCUUUCCUGUAGCAGACAACCGUACCUAUGAAGAGCAGGCACUGGUACAGGACGGAGUUGAUUUGACAGACACGCAGGAGACAUGCAGCAGAGGGAACCUUAAAAUGAAACCUGCUGCUGGGACAGCUCUGCUCUGGUACAACCAUCUUUCUGAUGGUAGAGGUUGGAUGGGUGAGCUAGAUGAGUAUUCCCUACAUGGCGACUGUCCAGUCAGACGUGGAGUGAAAUGGGUGGCCAACAGCUGGGUAAAUGUGGACCCAGAUCACCAGCAGCAGGCCCGCUACCAGAGACUAGUUGCACAGAGGCAUCAAGCUAAGUCGGGCACAGAGGAGCAUUACCAAGCUCUCUCACACAGCGACCUCCAUCAGGAUCUAUAGCCGGGCCUUUUAAUGACAAAGUGACCAUAAUUCCAAAACUGGGUCGGUCUUGCAUCUAUAAUGCCAGUGAGGCUUGAUAAACUUUUCCACAAUGUCAGAUGCUGUAGUUGAAAUUAAAAUUGCAGAAAAACUGCCCCAGAUAUCUUCUCCUUUCAGUAAAUCUGUGACGCAUUAUAUUAUGUCUCUCAAGUCACUUGCUUGGAUAUCCAUAUUUUUUUCUUGAUACAUAAGUCAAUUUUGUUUGGCAGGUUUGAUGCAUUGGUUUCCUCUCAAUGUAUAAUACAUAAUACCAAAAUGUAUAUGAAUUAAACAGAAUGAAUGCCAUUAUCUAUUUAAUCGCGCCUUCAUAUAAAAUAUCACUUAUUCAGAAUAACUGAUAUAUAUAUGGAUACCAUGAUGUGAGUUGGAAAAGAUAGAGUCAUGUCCAAGAGAUGAGCCUGCUUACCUGCUUUCCAUUUAGGUUUACUUGGCAUUUACUCCUGUUGCAGGUCUGUUAUUUAUUGUAAUAGAAUUUAAGCCUUUUGCUACGAGCCAUAUCACCAUAUUUAUCUGUGAAUGUGUUCCUGAGGGAAGUCUUUGUGAGAUCAUUUAUGCCUGUUUGUUUCCUCAGUUUUGUUUAUCAUGAAAUGUUAUUUAAUAAGGAGUUUGCCACACCUACUUGCAAAUGCAGGACUCUUUUUGACUGGACAAAAGGAUUGCUUUUCACACUGGCUGUGGGAGGCCGGUGCUUCAGGUGUAAUUUAAACGUAGGUCUUUGAUAUUACAACUUUUGUCUUUCUUAUCCUCACAACUCAAAAAUAUUUAAUUGUCUGAGAGUAUUUAUUUGAGUGUUAUUUAUUACCAGUAUGAUUUAAGUUAAAAGGAAUGCAUAUUUAUUACAGCUUGAUGUUGCACUGAAUUUGUUGAUGUAUUUUAUUGUAUUUGUUCUAUGUCAUAAAAUAUAUAAAGCAGUGUUUCAUUA